AUUGGAGGACUCAGUCAUAUAUCUCUAUUUCCUUUUCUCUUCUUCUACAAAGCUUUGGAUUCAUGGCAAGAGGAUCACAGCAGAACCAGAGAAACAAUGGACAGAGUAGUGGUGUUAAUUAUAUGAGUAUUGGGGUUGCCAAGAUGAAGAGAACUAGGAGGAGUGUUCCCAGGGAUUCACCUCCUCAACGCAGCUCCAUUUAUCGUGGUGUUACUAGGCACCGGUGGACGGGCCGGUAUGAGGCUCAUUUGUGGGACAAGAAUUGCUGGAAUGUAUCACAGAACAAGAAAGGAAGACAAGUGUAUCUUGGAGCCUAUGAUGAUGAAGGAGCUGCAGCACAUGCCUACGACUUGGCAGCACUUAAGUACUGGGGUCGAGAUACCAUUCUCAACUUUCCGUUAUCAACAUACCAAAAAGAGCUGAAAGAAAUGGAAGGCGUGUCCAGAGAAGAAUACAUUGGAUCAUUGAGGAGGAAAAGCAGUGGUUUUUCUCGUGGAGUUUCUAAAUAUAGAGGUGUUGCAAGACAUCACCACAAUGGGAGAUGGGAAGCUCGGAUUGGCAGAGUUUUUGGGAACAAAUAUCUCUAUCUUGGGACAUACGCUACGCAAGAAGAGGCCGCCACUGCGUACGAUAUGGCAGCGAUUGAGUACCGUGGACUGAACGCUGUCACCAAUUUUGACCUCAGCCGUUACAUCAAGUGGCUUAAGCCUAAUCAGAAUCCAAAUGGCACUGAAAAUCAUCAUCUUGGAUCUAACAACAUUAGUGAUACUAAUUCAGUGAGAAUGCCGAACCCUAAUGAUCAAGAAUUCAACUUGAGUUGCUUGAACAGUAACAUGAGCCAGCAGCAAAGCUACAAUAUUAUCAACCAGAAUGAAGCCAUGCCACAACAGCAGCCGCUGCCAGCGAAUGCCACAUCCGCCCUAGGGCUUCUGGUGCAGUCUUCCAAGUUCAAGGAGAUGAUGGAGAUGACUACUUCAGCUGCUGAUGGCCGGGCAGAAUCAGAGCCGGUGCACUGCAGCUUCCCGGACGACAUACAGACAUACUUUGAGUGUACUCAAGAUUCCAGCAAUUUUGGAGACAGUGAUGACCUUCUCUUCCGUGAGCUUAACUCCCUCAUGGCACCAACAGUGUUCCAUGAGUGCGACCUGGAUGGCUAGCUAGAUCACAGACAUUUACACUAUUAUCUCUUUAAUCCAUCGUUAAUCUCUUCAUUCGUUAUUAUACACACAAAAAAAUAUAAAUAAUUAUCCGCUCGAUCUGCAUAUGAACAUAAAGGAGACCAUAAUUCAAUGGUCUUAAUGAAGGGAUUGAGUAGAAUUUUCGGAUGUAAUUUUCCUAGAAGAUUUUUUUUACAAGAAGGAAAUGAAGACAAAUAUAUGUAGAGAAGACAACUCAUCAUCGACACUCUUUUAGGAGGUAAUUGAUAACGUUUA